CCAAUAGGACAGAGGUCAGCCGAGGAACAAGACACCGAAAUCUUCAGAAGAACCCAGUAUUAGCUGUCAGGUGGUGGUGCGUCACGUCCUCCGCGAUAAGAUUACACUUGGUUCUUCGUAUAUAAGCCAGUGAGAAAGCCAGGAAAAUGCCAGGGUGCUGCGUAGCCAUCACAGAAAACAUGCCGCCUAUAUGUGAGAACUGGGACGCGGGGGAGAGACGCAACUUCCUGGCCUCCGUGGUGUCUGGAAGUCUGUUUGCUCUGGGGUGGUGGUGUGUCAUUGAUGCUGCUGCUCAGUACCCAAAGAAUGAAGACUUCAACCAUGCCUACCAUGUGUGUGGAGUUAUUGCCACCCUGGCCAUGCUCAUGGUGAACACAGUGAGCAAUGGACAAGUGCGUGGGGACAUGUACACUGACGGCUGUAUUGGGCCUUACGGGGCACGGAUCUGGCUCUUCCUUGGCCUCAUGCUCAGCUUUGGCUCCCUCAUUGGUGCCUGCUGGAUACUGUUUGGAGGCUAUGUCAUCCCAGGUGUUAAGAUUCAGUGGCCUGGAGUUGCCAUCUUCCUGCAGAACAUGUUCAUUUUCUUCAGCUCCAUCAUAUACAAGAUUGGCCGGUCUGAGGAGAACUGGCAAUGAAGUGUCUCUUUCACUGUCACAAGUUGACUCAGUGUUGUGUAUUCCUUAGUCAUAGGAAUUUUUUUUAUCAGCAUUUACUUGUAGGGUGCAGUAAUGGUUUCUACAUAGGCUUUCAAUGUAGUGUUAUUUACCAAUAUAGUUAUGAUCCCCACAGAUUUUUUUAUGGCUUAUUGAUUGGCAUCUAGGGUUGCAAUAGUGUAAAUAUUACCCAGUCCAAAAUUAUUGCCUAGUCAGAAUAAUUUCCUAUGUAGUUUUGUACAAUCCUCUUCUCAGGCUGUCAUCAUAAUGAGCAUGAGCCUCCUCCUCUUUGUGAAACAGGGACUUAGAAUGUGUCUGUAUUUUCUGUUUGUUGCUAAAGGUCACUCAGAGAACAACAGCCGUGCUGCAGGAAUAUUUUGUUCCUGAACUAUUUGAUUACCAUAGAACAUACCUGGCCUCAAAAGUUCUUUUAUCUUUCCUUUAAUUUCUUUUCAGCAUGCAUCCAGGGAAAGACAAGUUAUGUACAAAAAUUGUUGAAUUCUCUGCUGUAUUAAACAUCAAUUUAAAUGGGAUGUGAUAUACAAGACACUGGAGUCAGCUUGUAUCAACACUCAGCUAUCAACAUCUUCACUCCUGCACCAAGCAGUUUAAACUUAGUUGUUCUAUUCUUACUUUAGUCCUGUCGCCCAAAAAUUCUUUAAAGUGCUGCCAAAAUAUAGCAAUUACUUGUGAAAAAUAGAAAAUAACACUUUCUGGGUUCCAAGGGACACUGAUUUGCUAGGUACACUUGAUACUUUACCCUGCUGGAAUGCUAACCAGUGAUGUUGACAUGUUAUGGUAUGGUAUGAAGGCAGAUAAUGAAUGGAAGAAAUUUCUAUCAGGAUUCCAUUUUUAUAAUCAAGGAAAGAACUUCAUAGCAAUUUGUCUGUUGUAAUUUACCUAUUUGUGAUACUUAUAUAAUUUAUUGUAUCAACUAUUAUGUUAUGUUGUAGGUGCAUAGUUGUAUAUUUUUCAUACCAUUUUAAAAACUAAACUUUCCAUUAACAUAAUAAUAAUAUGA